AUAAUUAAAUUAAAAUUUAGAAUAAUUUAAUAGAGGCCCAGAGUUCGAAUUUUACUAAGCAAAAGUUUGGUUUUAUUUGAUUUUUAACUAUGGGAAAAAUUACCAAAGUUGACCCGGGCUUUUGUGCAAUAAUAAAAAAUGUUGGGCCCUUUCUUGUAAUUUUCCCCAAAGUUUUUGACCAGCAUUUUAAGGAGCAAACUGAUGCAGAAACGCAGAGAAAAUGAGAAAGGAAGCAAACGCACAAACGGGAGAGAGAGAGAGAGGAAGAAGAGAAGAGAAAGGGAGGGAGUUAGGCUUGGAUCUAGGAGUCUUUGCGACCGUUGCGAGCUCGGCUACACGAUAGGAGGGGAGAAAGGUCCGUACGCUUGUAGCCGUACACCUUUCAGUUCUAAUAUGGCUCGAAGGGGAAGGGGUAGAUCGAGGAAUGAGGAACGACCACCACCUCUACCUCCUCCGCCUCCACCUCCGCCUCCACCUCCACCACCACCACAGGGGACAGAUGCAGUCAUGGCUAGGCUGCUUGAAGUUAUGGUGGAUAUACAGCAAAAUCUUAGAAGUCAUACUGUUCCAGAUCAGCAUGUUGACCUAAGUGCUGGGCAGGGAUCUUCUAGUACUAUGGGAGCUCAUGCACCAGUUGUUAAUAAUCGAGAAUGA